AUGAAGCACCAGUGCCGUAUUUGUUUUAGUGAAUAUAUCUGGCCACAUGAUUUAAAACGUCACAUCAGACAUAAGCAUUCGGAGAAUUUUAUUCCUCAGCAGCAGCCGCCGCCGCCGCCGCCACAACAACAGGAGAUUCCCAAUAGAGAGAGCUUGCUUCAGCCAACACGCAAUGGAUUUAACCAGCAGCAGCAGCAGCAGCAGCAGCCGCAGCAGCAGGACGAACUAUCCAAUAAAGAUGGUUUUGUACAGCUAGCACAUCAUAAAUUUACCCAGCAGCAGCAGCAGCAUGUUAAAAACUUGGUGAUAUUGGACGAUCUCAUGUCGUCAGCGAGCAAGGACCCUCGUAUUAACGAAUUAUUUACGGAAGGGAGCCACCAUAGAAACCUGUCUGUCAUUGCCAUCAAUCAAAACCUAUACUACAACAAAGAUCCAACACAGAGGAGGAAUUGCCAUUAUUUGGUUUUGUUCAACAAUCCUAUCGACAAACAGCAGGUCAUGACUCUUGCAAGACAGAUGUAUCCCGAAAAUGUACAACAUCUGAUGAUGCAUUUCAAACAGGCUACCAGUAAACCAUACGGAUAUCUUCUCGUCGAUUUGAAGCCAUCCACUCCAGAAUCGUUACGCAUGCGCAGUGACAUAUUUUCUGUACAGUCUUUAAAAGGACAAAGAUAUCAAACUAAGGCUCAUUUUGAGGCUGACACUCCAACCGAGCAGACGUAUUCCAAGCAGCAGCAGCAGCAGCAGCAGCAGCAGCAGCAGCAAACUGUAGACGACACACAGCUACUACAAGAAGAUAUGCCUGCCUGUGAUGAUUGUGGUAUCAUGUUCCAAGACGUACACGAUUUACAGAGACACUUGAAAACCUGGUGUCCAGAAAACGAUUCCCUUAAACGAAAAAGAGAAUAUAUAGAUGAAGAGGAACCGAAAUCCAAAAGAUGGAUCUCACAUGAAGAGUCCGAUGAGGAAAGUGGUGAAAGUGAAGAAAAUGAAGUUUUCAAAUCCUUGAUGAAUGAAGCAGAGUCUUCGAAUGAGGUUAAAUGGAAUCAAAAGUAUGAGAAAUAUGUUAACGAGGGCAUGUCUGAUGACGAAGCACAGAAAAAGGCGAACGAGAAGAUGGAAUCUGAAGAUAUGGAGCAAUUUUACCAAAAUUAUAAAGCCAUUAUCCUGUACAUUCUUCAGCUAAGAAAUGGCAAGAUUCACAAAAAGAUCAUGGAUGAUGUAACAGAAUUCAUAGAAGAUGGAUAUGGAGAUAGUAAAGCGAUCAAGAUGGCACUUAAAAAGAAUCGUCAUGUUUUAGAAGAGUUGUGGGACGAUGACUCCGAAGAGGAUGGAUCAGACGAUGACUCCGAAGUUGAUGAAUCGGAUGAUGACUCCGAAGUAGAUGAAAACUGA